AUGUCUCUGUCCAGAAUUGGCUCUGAGCUGCAGGCGCGGAUCCAGGCGUCGCCAGCGUUCCUUGCGGAGCAGGAGGAGUGUGUGUUGGAACGGCUGCGGAGGGAGCAGCAGCACGGCUCUGGAACAGCUGCAGCGCCACCUGGAGGCUGGAAGGUGUUGGGUCAUGGAGCAUUUGGGAAGGUCAUCGAGGCCUCCAUCUUUGGCAUCAGGCAGAACAACAGCCUGGACACUGUGGCGGUGAAGAUGCUGAAAGAGGGAGCGUGUGCCAGCGACCACAAGGCUCUGAUGUCAGAGCUGAAGAUUCUGAUCCACAUUGGGAACCAUCUUAACGUGGUCAACCUCCUGGGGGCAUGCACCAAACCCAACGCCCCCCUCAUGGUGGUGGUGGAGUACUGCAAGUAUGGGAACCUGUCCAACUACCUGAGAGCCAAGAGAGAGUUCUUCCUACCUUACAGGGACCGUUCCCCGAAGACUCAGAGCCAGGUGAGACGCAUGAUAGACGCGGGACAAGUGGAGCAGAGAGCCCGCCUCCCACCUUCCCCGUCCUCCUCCUCUAUUGGCAGCCCCCAGAAUCAGUCAUCCAGCAAGUCCAAUCAGAAGAGCCACUCUCCUGCUGUGGAGAAAAUGGAGGACCUAUGGAAGACUCCUCUCACUAUAGAAGAUCUGAUCUGCUAUAGUUUCCAGGUGGCCAGAGGAAUGGAGUUCCUGGCCUCACGAAAGUGUAUCCACAGGGACCUUGCAGCGAGGAACAUCCUACUGUCAGAGAACAACGUGGUGAAGAUCUGUGACUUCGGCCUGGCUAGAGACAUCUACAAAGACCCCGACUACGUCAGGAAGGGCAACGCCCGUCUGCCACUGAAGUGGAUGGCUCCAGAGAGUAUCUUUGACAAGGUUUACACCAGCCAGUCUGACGUCUGGUCCUUUGGUGUUCUACUCUGGGAGAUCUUCUCUCUGGGUGCAUCUCCGUACCCAGGUGUCCAGAUCGAUGAGGACUUCUGUAAACGACUGAAAGAUGGAACCAGGAUGAGAGCUCCUGAAACAGCUUCCCCUGAGAUCUAUGGUAUAAUGCUGGCCUGCUGGCAGGGCGAGCCCCGGGAGAGACCUACCUUCCAAGCCCUGGUAGAUAUCCUGGGAGACCUACUACAGGACAACAGCCUACCAGAUGGUAAGGACUACAUCCCCCUGAAUCCGUCCCAGAAAUCGGAGGAUGACAGUUUCUCUCACGCCUCAUCACGAACCACUUCACAGGAGGAACUGAGACUGGCCUGUCACAGCAUACCCAUCAGGUAUUAUAACUGUGUGCCCUUCGCUGGCUGUGUGUUCGUGGGGCCGUCGAAGCUGUCGUCAUGCCAACCUGGAGUCAAGACAUUUGAGGAGCUACCAAUGGAAACGACCUGGCAUAAAACCCACAACAACGGAGACAACCAGACAGACAGUGGGAUGGUUCUGGCGUCAGAGGAGUUUGAGAUGAUCCAACACGAACACAGAGGAGCCAAUAGAAGUACAGAGCGCCUGGUGGUGGUAGAGUCCAGCGGUAGCCCCGUUAGUUCCAGACACCGACCAGCCUUCCUCUCCCAACUCUCUGGCCAGACCUUUUACAACAACGAGUAUGGUCAGCUGUCAGAGGAGGGCAGGGUCCUGGACUUCUUCUCCUCCCCUGACGAUACACGCUGCCUCGCAUCCUCCAACCUGUGAUGUCAUCAUCACAGUGGGCUAGCCCCUCCAACCUGUGAUUGACUGUAGUGAGCUAGCCCCUCCUCCAACCUGUGAUGUCAUUAUCACAGUGGGCUAGCCCCUCCAACCUGUGAUUGGCUACAGUGGUUUAGCCCCUCCAACCUGUAAUUGACUACAGUGGGAUCCAAUAGUUCAGAUUCCAGUCUUGCUAGCCACAAGGGUUGGGAGUAUACUCAAUCCCUCUCCUUCCCUCUCUUCCUUGCUGUCACUCUUUCCCUCUCUUCCUUGCUGUCACUCUUUCCCUCUCUUCCUUGCUGUCACUCCUUCCCCUCUCUAUGGCCAACCGGCCCAUACUGGACUGAGUCGUCUGUACAUGCAGUUCUCUAUCCAACCACGGGGUGGCAGUAGUAUGUCAAAACCAAAGUAUUUUAUAUCAACCACAGUUCAGAUUUGUAUCUUUAUACAGAGUAAGCUUUUGUUUAUUUGUACAAAAAUAUGAAAAUAAAGAAAUA